CGCAGGAGCAUCGCGUGCGCCAUGACGUUACAAAGUGAAAGUAUGGCGGCCUUCGUUGAAGUGGGAUUAAAGUUCGUCGCGUUUGCUUCCUAUUGACGCGCACGCGGGGAAUGUGGAAAAGCGCAGAGAAAACGGGUGCUUUAAAUCGAAAAUACUCAGUGAUGGCUGCGGAGGAAAGACCAGAACCUGAACCCAACGAGCAGGGUUUGGAAGCAGAGCUCGUGUCUUUGAGAUCACAAGCAGAGGAGCUGCGGCAGGAAUUGAAGACAUGUAAGGAUGAACUACAGAAGUUACAGAAACAGCUCAGCCAAAGCGAAAGACUGCAGAAGACAACUGAGAGCUACAAUGAAGAUCUCAGACAGCAGGUUGAUACACUGAGUGCAGAAAUCCAUGAGAGAAAGAAAAGAGAGAAAGAGAGAGUGAAUGCUGAGACUCAGACGGAGGAAUACACCUGGACAGAGACAGAUUAUUAUAAUUAUUAUUAUGGCGGAUACUAUCAGUCUGGAACAGAGACAACAGCAGAAACACAGGAGAAUGUUGUCAUGGAAUCUCAAGAGGCAUCAGAACACACAGAGACGCAUCUCAUAAUGACACAGACAGAACAGUCCAAUCCUGAGCAGACGGAUGGAUUGAAUGAUUUUCCACAAACAGAGUCUCAGGAGGCCUCUGGAGAAGGUGGCUCUAUAGCUGACAUGCUCAGAGCAACCGCCGAAGAAGCGUUGAACCAGACCAACUUUGUGUUUGAUGAAAGUACUGGCAUGUACUACGACCACAGCACUGGGUUUUACUAUGACUCUACCAGUCAGCUGUAUUAUGAUGCUAACACAGGCAUGUACUAUUACUAUGACCCAGAAAGCGGAAAAUACCAAUUCCACUCUAGGAUAGAGGUGCCUGCUGCACACCCCGAAGCGGAGCAGACGCCACAGAGGAAGACCAAAAACUGGAAAAACAGGAAGUCCGUGAAGAACACAGAUAGAGCUUCCUGUCUUGACGGAGGGGACCAUAAAGAGGCGGGGCCUGAGUUCGACAGACAGCCUGAAAUUCACCACAGAGAAAAGGGGAAUGAUACGUCUUCACAUAAGAAAGGACGAAGGUCUCGAUCCCGAAGCCCACAGCGACCCACUAGCAAAGAAAGAUCCAGAAGAGCCAAGAGUCGAGACUGUAGUAGAGCGUGUUCGACAAACAGAAAGAAAACCCGGAGACGGAGCGGGUCGCAUUCUGAUGACGCUUACAGCGGGAAGAGGAAGAAGAGGAGAGGGAGGAAAAGAUUGCGUUCUGAGACUCGAAAAGACAGGAAGUCCCACUCUGAACAUGUGAGCGGUGAAAGUGAGCCAGAGGAAGGAGAGAUCACAGAGUCUGAUGGAGAGAAAGAACCUUCAUCACAAUCAUUAUCCUCGUCCGCAUCUCCUGUCCAACCUGAACAUGACAGUCCAGAGAGAGAAAUGGAAACACAAAUGCAGAAAGAAGCCUGGCCACCAUGUGUUCGGGUAACAGUGGUUCGUUCGCCUGUACUGCAGACAGGAACACUCUUCAUCUUCACAGCUGACACGGUCGCCACCAUCGGCAGAGAGAAAGACAUGAAUCACGCUAUCAGAAUCCCUGAGGUGGGAGUCAGUAAGUCCCAUGCAGAGGUUUAUUUUGACCAGGAGCAGCAGUGUUAUAUGCUGAUAGAUCAGGGCAGUCAGAACGGUACUGUCAUCAAUGGAAACAGAAUACUACAGCCCAAAGUUCGCUGUGACCCUUGCCCUUUGACCCACGGUGAUGAAGUGAAGAUGGGAGAGACCGUUUUGUCCUUCCACAUUCACACGGGAACGGACACAUGUGACGGCUGUGAACCGGGCCAGGUCAUAGCACAUCUGAAUCGCCAUAAAAGAGAGGAGAACUCUGGUAUACAGAUAGGAUCUGUUCUGAGUAAGGAGGAUAAGGAGAUUCAAAGACAGAAAGAACUGAAGAUGAUGAAGGUCAAAUAUGGUCUCAAAAACAGUGAUUAUGAGGAGCAGAAGACCCUGAAGAACAGCAAGUAUAAAGACAGAGCGGAAAAUCGUCGGCACACAGUCGGAAGCGAGGGAACGUUCCAGAGAGACGAUGCCCCUGCUUCUGUUCAUGUUGAAAUUGGAGAUGAGAAUAAGGGCAGACAGAUGCUGGAGAAGAUGGGCUGGAAACGAGGAGAAGGUCUCGGCAAGGACGGUGCUGGAAUGAAGGAUCCAAUCCAGCUGGAGUUACGUAAGGCUCAGUCUGGUCUUGGUUCUGGAGUCGCUAUGUCAGUAGAGGAUGCUUCGCUCAAGAGAACCAAAACCCAACGGAACUGGGAGCGUGCAAGGGAGCGGUUCUCUGACGCCUGCCAGGCUGAAUCCACCCAUCCUGAAACGAGCCAAUCACCUAAAACCUUUUUGAAAAGUCAGGACAUGGAGUGAUUUAUUGGUCAUUCUUUGUACUAAGGCCAGUCUUUGGGUUUGCAAAAAAAGGGGGCAUGGCCAAGAUUUCGGCUAGAUGUACUAGUCAUUACAAUUGACAAAAUGAUUGACACUUCUUUUUGAAGUUGUAACAGUUUUGAAAAUAGACUUAAUUUUGAUUCAUUCAUUGUUCAUUUUAAACAGUGUGUUUUUGUUCUUUUCAGAAUUCAGAUCCAAACAGAAUAUCUUGGACAAAUUAACAAUAAAUGUUUAUAAAACAAUGAUACAUA